AUGACAGAUAAUCAAAUUACCACUAGUACAACUUUUAUGACGGCUAGUAACAAGCCAAUUGUAAUCUCGUCAACAUCGAUACAACGUGCUGAACAGAUUAUGUCGCAAUCGACUAAUAAACCAGACUAUGAUCAAUUUAAUGAUGAUGUUGAUGACGAUGAAUUGUGUCGAGCAUGUGAUGAAUUAGAAAAUGUUUCACAACAAUUACAAUCUCAGCAAAAUGAUUCAAACAAUAUUGAAUCAACGGACAAUUUAUCACCAAAUAGUCUUGGUAGUUUAAAACGUAAACGACAUGGCGUUUCAACUACACCGAAUGAACGUCGCGCAAUAAUUAGAAAACAUUAA